CUAGGUACUGAGCGUGCCAGGCUUUGGAGUGAAGACUUAAAUCCAAGGUCAUGGCAAGACAUCUGAAGUUCAUCGCAAGGACUGUGAUGGUACAGGAGGGGAACGUGGAAAGCGCAUGCAGGACCCUAAACAGAAUCCUCACUAUGGAUGGGCUCAUUGAGGACAUUAAGCGUCGGCGGUAUUAUGAGAAGCCAUGCCGCCAGCGACAGAGGGUAAGCUAUGAAAAGUGCCGGCGGAGCUACAACAUGGAAAUGACUCGCAAGGUCAACUUCCUGAUGCGACAGAAUCAGGCAGAUCCGUGGCAGGGCUGCUGAGGCCUGUGGAUGGGACACUCAGUGUGAAACCUUCAUCCAGUUUUGUCUCCAUCUCUUUCCUUUGUACAAUCCCAUUUCCUAUUACCAUUCUCUACAAUAAACUCA